GCACCGCUUCCUCUUUCAGCUUCUCUGUUUCCUAAUGACGUCAGCGUAAGUAGGAAGACUGAGAAGCUGGCUGGCUACCGCCUGGAGACUCCAGCAGAAGGUCCGUCUGUCCCAGCGCAAAGAGGCCUAGAAGAGGCAGGGUCCUGGAGACAGGAUCCCCAAGAGGCGAGGACAUGGAUCUGGCCUGGCUCCCAGCUGGGGAGGAACACAAGAUUCUAGAACAGUGAGGAGUCCAGACCCUACCCAGGCCUGGACCCACCUGAGCCAGCCACCUGCUCUUCCAGAGAUGGCGCUGCCCCGGGGGCUGCUCCCCCUGGCCCUGCUGCUGCUCUGCUGGGGGCCCUGCGUGGCAGGGGCCCAAGGGACCUUCCCCCUGCAGACCCUGCGCUGCUAUAACGACUACACCAGCCGCAUCGUCUGCAGGUGGGCGGACACCCAGGACUCCCAGCGGCUGGUCAACGUGACCCUCCACCGCAGGCUGAACAGGGGCCUUCCACAGCCAGUGUCCUGCGAUCUCAAUGAUGGCAUGCCCUGGUUCGAUGGCCAUUGUCCCGGCUGUGUGCCCAGAAUAUGUGUCAUUCCCUACGAAGUUUUUGUCAUUGCUGACCAUGACUACUUCUCAUUCCGACCAGACCAGCCUCUGGGUGCCCGGCUCACCGUUACUCUGAGUCAGCAUGUGCAGCCCCCCGCACCCAGGGACCUCAACAUCAGUGCUGCUGGGGACAGUUUCCUGCUGUCCUGGAAUGUGGCCCAUGGGGGUUCCCAGAGCCACUGGCUGUCCAGCCUGGAGUUUGAGGUGGUCUACAGGAGGCUUCAGGACUCCUGGGAGGACGCCCCCACCAUCUACUCCAGCGCCUCCCGGGCCAUCCUGGGGCCACAGCACCUCAUGCCCAGCAGCACCUAUGUGGCCCGAGUGCGCACCAGGCUGGCCCCGGGCUCGGGGCUCUCGGGACGGCCCAGCCAGUGGAGCACAGAGGUUCGCUGGGCCUCCCCGCCAGGGAAUGAGUCCCAGCCCCAGAACCUCCAGUGCUUCUUCGACGGGGCUGCCCUGCUGCGCUGCUCCUGGGAAGUGAGGUCCGAGGUGACCAGCUCGGUCUUCUUCACCCUCUUUUACAAGUCCGGCCCCAGUGCAAGGGAGGAAGAAUGUUCCCCAGUGCAGACAGAGAAGACCAGCAGCCCUUACGUCCGGCAAUGCUGCCAGAUUCCCGUGCCUGACCCCAGGAACCACAGCCAGUACAUUGUCUCUGUUCGACCGAAAGCGGAAGAGAAACUUAUAAAGAGCUCAGAUAACAUCCAGAUGGCUUCUCCAACCCUCAACCUGACCAAGGGCAGAGACGGCUACAUCCUGCACUGGAAAGAAGAAAAAAUGAACUAUGAACACAUAGCUUGCAUCUUCCAGGUCCAGUACAAGAAAGAAGCAGCCUCAUGGGAGGAGACCAAGACAGAGGACUUCCAGAACGCCCACAGCAUGUGCCUGCCACCUCUGGAGCCUGCCACCAGGUACCAGGCCAGAGUGAGAGUCAAACCUGACCCCCGAGGCUACAACGGGAUCUGGAGCGAGUGGAGUGAGGAGAGCUCCUGGGACACUGAGUGGGUGCUGCCCAUGUGGGUCCUGGCGCUCACCCUGGUCAUCAGCACCUUGAUCCUGCUCGUGUCCCUGCGCUUCUGUGGCAUCUACGGGUACAGGCUGAACCAGAAGUGGGAGGAGAAAAUCCCCAACCCGAGCAAGAGCCACCUGUUCCAGAACGGGCGCGCUGGGCUCCGGCUCCCACAGGGCACGCGCGUCGUCGGCAGCGGGAGCCACGCACACAGGGGGCUCUGGGGCGGCAGCUUCGCUCAGCCGGAGGGGGCGUCCCCUGUAGACAUCGGGCACAGUGAGGUGUCACCUCUCACCACAGAAGACCCUAAAGAUGCCUGUGACUCGUCAUCUGAGCCUGACAUGACUCUGGUCACCUCGGACCUCCGCACGGAGCAGCCACCCAGGCCCCCGCCAGAGCUGGCCACCCCGGCAAGCAGGCCUGAGAGCCAGGCUUCCGGCUUUGAUUUCAAUGGCCCCUACCUGGGGCCACUUGACAGCCGCUCCCUGCCGGACAUCGUGGGCCAGCAGGGGCCCCUACGGACAGGCAUGAGCAGGAAACCGCAGCCCCCAGGGUCCCUGGAGUACCUGUGUCUGCCCACAGGGGGGCAGGUGCAGCUGGUCCCACUGGCCCAGGUGAUGGGGCUGGGCAAAGCCAGGGAUGCGGACCUGAGGCCCAGCCCAGGCACCGAGGGGAGCCCUUCCCUGGAGCCAGGGGCAGGCCCUGCCUCUCCUGAGCCUGAGGUGAUGGUGGGUGGUCAAGGCCCGAAGGACAGGGCCCCCCCAGGUCUGCCCACUGGCUCUCGGGGUCCUGAGGAAGGCACUGUGGCCACUGGUUACGUCACCACUGCAGAGCUGACAUUCACCCCACCCACAAGGGCCCCAUCUCCUUCCCAGGCUCCCCCUCUGAGCCUCCCUUCAGACCGGAACCCCAGCCUCUGUCCUGGACUGGCUGAUGGUCCCCCUGGAUCCCUAGCCCCACUGAAGCCAGAGUUCGAGGGCUAUGUGGAUCUCCCUCCAACCGCAGGCCAGUUUCCCCAGUCCCCUCUAGCCAGCCCUGCCCCUCCUGCAGCCAGCAGUCCUGUCCUGGGCCCAGGGCCGCCCCGGGCAGGUGUAUUCUCAGUCUCCCCAACCCCUGAGGGGCUCCUCGUGCUGCAGCAGGUGGGUGACUACUGUUUCCUCCCUGGCCCAGGGUCUGGCCCUCUCUCACCCCAGAGUAAGCCCACCUCCCCAGGACCCUGUCCUGAGAUCAAGGACCUCAACCAGGUGUUCCAGGCCAAGAAGCCCCCAUCUCAGGCCAUUCCCCAGGUGCCGGCCAUUCACCAGGUGCCGGCCAUUCAGCUCUUCAAAGCCCUGAAGCAGCAGGAUUACUUGUCACUGCCCCCUUGGGAUGUCAGCAGGCCUGGGGAGGUGCGCUGAGACCCUGUAGAUGUUGAGGGAGGGGAAUAGAAGGACAGGGUCUGCCUUUCCUCCCGCCCUGCCUUUCCCUCCUGCCAGCCCCUGGUCCCUUCCAUGGUCCUUUCCGCAAAGCCAAGGAGAAGUUUCCAUGUUGUAACGUGGAGAUCAGAAAAACAAGUCAACCACCUACCUCCUCCCUUGACCUUCAGCAAGGUCAAGCUCCUCUUUCUCUCCCUCCUCCUCUGCCACACAGGCACGCGCACACACACACACACUGUUCUUUCAAAUUCACUUCCUUUAGGUUCUGAAUUAUUAGAGCUUUAUACACAUACCCAUUUCAUUUGCCCCCAUUUUCCUUUUUUUCCCAGUUUCCCUGCUUUUCCUAUUGUCUUCUCUUUCCACUGAUUUAUCAUUAGAGUGAGUUUGAGGUCUGGGCUAAGCCUAUUCUGAGAUGCCAUGUCUCAGUCAGAGCCUAUUCAGAUGCUGACAUGUCUGGUUUCAUGGAGGACUUCUGUCUGUCCCUGGCGGGCUUGAACACACACGACAAGAUUCCAGCCCAGGGACUUCCCUGGCGGUCCAGUGAUUAAGACUCCGCCCUUCCAAUGCAGGGGGCGCCGGUUGGAUCUCUGCUCAGGGAACAAAGAUCCCACAUGCCAUACCCUGUGGUGUGGCCCACUGCAGGGAGGGGAAGAGAUUCCAGCCCUGAGGCAGGAGGCAGAAGGCGUGGGGUGAGGGCUUGGGGGUUUCAGGCUUGGAAGAGCAGCCCUGGACUCAGCAUGCUUCUGUCGGGCGCUGCAGCCCCAGACAUGGUAGCAAAGCACCAGCCUCCAUUGUCACUCCAAGAAAUGGGCAUGGUGUGAGAAGCAUUGUUCUGAGCUCAUAGGAAGCCCUGCUAGUCUCACAGAGGUGACUGGGGAGCCUCAAGGACCCCAGGCCCUGCAUCCUGUAGAGGCCACUGACCUGAGCAGUGGACAGUGCCAGCUCCUGGUUGAAGUGAUGUCCUUCCUACACCCAGGCUGGUGGGACCUGGAGAAAUUCAGGAGGGGAGGGGAGUCCAGAACCCACAUCAACUGCAGAAAAGUUGGAAAGAACUGCUCAACAAGGGAAAAAGGAAAAUGACCCAAGGGCAUGUACACUUGGGCUUAUAGUCCAAACCUCCCAGUUGCCCUUCCUCCAGAAAGACCUUACAAAUGCCAUGUCCACCAGCCAUGUACAAGGAGCUUUUCGUCUACGGCUUGGCUUACGCUGGGGAUCAUGGUUCUUUUAAAUCUUUGCCUUUCUGAUAUGCAAAAAAAAAUAGCAUUAACUUGUUUUAAUUUGCAUUAUUUGAGAACUAUCAUGUUUGCACAUAUUUUCAUAGUUCUUGGGCGUUUGUAUUUUUUUUACUGACCCGUUAAGGUCUUCAUUGUGUUGGAUGUCCCCUUUUUUCUGAUUAAGCUUUAAAAACUAUUUAGCUCCUGCCUUUCAUAGAUGGUGUAAAUUUGUUUUCCUCGUUUGUGGUUUGUCUCUUAAUUUUGUAUGUGACGCUUUUGGAUGUAUUCAAUGUAGACUUGUCUGAGUGAUCAGAUAGAUCUACGGGUGAACUUCUUCAUGCUUUCACUUGGGGUGUCAAAUUGACAAAGCCCUUCCCCACUUCAAAAUUGCAUUUGUCCAAAGUUAUAUUUUUUUCUGGUUCUUUUUGUGUUUCAAGCUUUUCAUGUGAAGUUGUAGUGAUUUUGGAAUAUAUGCAUGUGAAACGGAAAGCCAGUUUUAUGUUUCCCCUAAACGAGUCGCCUGGGUGUUCCGGCAUCAUUGACUGAAUUGCCCAUUCUUCGUCCAUGUAUCUGAAAGGUCACAUUUAUGAUAUAGAAAAUCCAUGUGUAUUGUCAUUUUCUAGGCUUUCCUUUUUAUUAAGUUGUCCUCUCCAUGGCACCCCACCAUUCUAACUGUUCUAGCUUUAUAAUAUGUUUUAAUAGGUGGCAGAGCAAAUGUUCUUGUUCCUUUUGUCCACAAAUCCCUGUUCAUUACAGCAUUGUCUGUGGUCAAAGAAAAUGAUAAACAAUUUAAAUCCUCA